AUGGACAUCGUCAGGAAGGCCUUCAACUUCCUCGCUCCAGAGGCUAAGAAGGAGACUGAUGGCCGUGAUGUCUGGCCGUCUCGACUCGCAUUCGUGCUCGCGGCCAUGGGUGGCGCCGUCGGCCUGGGGAAUCUGCUACGCUAUCCAUCCGUCGUCUUCGACAAUAACGGCCUUCAGUGGUUCAUCCCUUACCUGAUAUCGCUCGUCUUUCUCGCCAUCCCCCUGCUCGUCCUCGAGAUCUCGUUGGGACAGGCCACUCGCGCCGGUGGUGUUACGGCCUUUCACCAUAUGGACAGUCGCGCCAAGGGCGUCGGCUUGGGGACUAUCAUGACCGGCUACAUGGUGUCAACAUACUACGUGCCCAUCUUAUGCUGGACGAUGGUCUACUUCCGCUACUCCUUCAUCAGCCCGCUAGGUUGGACGAACCGCAGCGUUGAGUUCUAUGAGAAAGAUGUGAUCAGGAACGUCGAGCCAAUUCCUGGUAACUUCAGCGCCGACGGUAACACCGUGCUCGACUACACUCGCUACCCGGGCAUGGGCAUGGUCGGUGAGACUGCAGGCUGGUCUGCCUUUGUCUGGCUGGUUGUCUUCUUGUGCAUCUUCAGGGGCGUCGGGUUGACCGGCCGUGUGGUGUAUGUCACCAUGGGCCUGCCCAUCGUCAUCCUCAUCGUUCUGCUCGGCCGUGGCGUAUCGCUCCCUAACGCUAUUGACGGGAUAAAGCUGUACGUUGGUCAUUGGGACUCAUCAAAGCUGGCCAGCGGGAAGAUAUGGCAGGCUGCUGCUGGUCAGAUAUUCUUCUCUACGGGCGUUGGCCUUGGAUACUUUACCACGUUUGCCUCCUAUAGCACCAAAUUCUCCAAUGCCGUGCAGGACGCCGUCAUAAUCGGCUGCAGUAACUGUCUCUACGAAUUCCUGGCAGGGUUUUCCGUCUUUGGAGUCAUCGGAUUCCUAGGCCUCAGGCCUGAAAACGGCGUCGAACUAGGCACCUUUACUGUCGGCUUUCUGACCUACCCCCAGGCCAUCACCGAGAUGCCAGGCGCCAACUUCUGGGCUGUGAUGUUCUUCGUCACUCUCAUGUUGGUCGGUAUUAGUUCAGCAUUCGCCCUCGUCGAGUCGCUCGUUACGCUCAUCAACGACUCUUCCUUUGGUGAGAAGAUCUCCCGUAUAACCAUCUGUGCCGUCGUUGUCAUUGUCUCCUUUCUCUUAUCGCUCAUGUACUGCACUGAGUUCGGCUUCUACUUACUUGAUGCCGUCGACGGCUGGCUCAACAACCUGGCACUCCUCUCGAUCGCCUGGUGUGAGUGCGUCGCCAUCACUACGCUAUACCGCCAUAAAGAUGUGUUGGGACAGGUUGGUGUACCUUCAUUUAUGACCUAUAAUGUUGGCUAUCUUGCAGCAACCAUCGUCGGCAUCGCAGUCGCUCAUUCUGUGAGCCCAGAGGCGGGCGCGGGUGUCGGAUUUGGUCUCUACAUCGCGAGCGCCGUCAUCUCAGUUCUCAUUGCACGCUCCCCAGACACACCAGCUCCGCGUUUCUGGGGUAACGAUGUAUGGGCGAACCGUUUCUGGUGGCUGGCCUUGUAUUCGGGAAACCAACUAAUGCGCGACCUAAACAUCGUGGUCGCCAGAGGCAAGAACUGGAGUAUCCCAAUCUUCUGGGGACCAGUCGUUCGAUAUAUAUCUGCCCCUAUUCUCGCCAUCAUUAUCAGUUUCGCCUAUCCUGCCUUCUACCUGAAACGCAACGAUCCGCUACAGAUAUUCGCCUUCUCUAUCGCACAUAUCAUUAUAAUUAUUGUCAUUGCGGGCAUAAUAAUCCCCCGUGCUUUCAAUCUAUUCCUUCCUAGCGUCCGCCUUGAACUAGGGGAGAACAUGUACGCUCCCGGGGUUACGAUGGAGCUGUUACCAAGCCCAGGCAAUGUGGAAGAAGGGUCUACGUCUGGUGAUAUAGAGUCCAACGAGGGCAAGCAAGAUUUGAUUUUCGCACUUCAAGCGCUCGUAUUCCGACUCCGCCAGCUCAAGAAAGAACGACAGGGCUACUCGAAAGCAAAGCAUAGAGAGCUCGCGAAGCUGCUGAAAGAAGGCCGGGAAGACUUUGCCCGUAUAAAGACCGAAGAUGUUAUUGCGAACGAUAACUUGAUUGCUGCGCUCGAGGUGUUGGAGCUACACUGCGAGCAGUUGCAGGUUCGGGCGAAUAUUCUGGAUCACCUUGCUUUCGGGCAGAAGAAGAACAAGGCACCCGCGAGACACAAGGGCAGAGGUAUAAAAGACGCAAAAUCAAGGAGUUUACCUACUGGAGGUAGAGCUGGUACAACCUCCGCGAACGAAGGAACCAAACCUGCUGCUGGAGGAGGUUGGGGGAUUUGGAACCUAUUUGGCUUCUCGUCUGCCUCUGCCUCGCCGUCACCGGCACCUCAGCAGCUUGCUGACAGAAUAUCAUCAGAGCAACAAGGCCUACCAUCGAAUGAUGAUAGCACAUCUACCUCUCCGCCGCCAAAGACUCGAGACGAGCGCAAGGAUGACGACUCGAUGAACGAUACAGAACAGCAAUCUGAAGUUUACAUUGACCCUGAACUGGACCGCUCCGCCGCCGUUGUCUUCUACUCCUAUGCCAGAAUCCCACGCGAUGUUCCAGGUUUGUUAGAAGUGAAGAAUAAACUGGCGUUGAGAUGGGGAAGUGAUUUCGCUAGUAGAGCACAAGAUGACGACGAUCUCCCAGUGGAAUUACCAGAAAUUUUACUGGAUAGGCUGCGCGUUCGGAAAGCUCCAGAGUCUUUAGUUGAGAGCUAUUUGAAUGAAAUUGCAAGGAGUCAUGGCAUUCCGUAUGGCGAUGUGGACGUAAACGAACAACAAGAGCCGGAGCAAGGAGAAACAUCGGCAAAUACUUCUCGUCCUACAGAAGGGAAGCAGAAUGAGGGACGAUCUACGCAAGGCUCCUCUGAGGACACCCAUGCUGGCACAGGGUCCGAAAAGAGCAACGCAGCCGCGAAAGAGACCGAGAGUAAACUUGGAGGUAUACCCGAAGUAGACGAACUCGCGCGAAGAUUUGCCGCCUUGAAGAAGUGA